CCACUCGAACGCGCCCGGUGUGACUCGCAAUAACCUUUUCAGUGAAGUAACAGGGUUUCCACUAGAUAACAUAGCUACAAAGUCAAAACUGGUCUUAAUUUAAGGUUAGGCGUAAGGUUAUGUUUAAAAUCAGGUCUUAAUAAGAUAAAUUGUAGAAAUGGGCGGGAGUUAGCCAUAAUUAUGACUGUGUUAAUUUAACUAGUGACGACCCGGGAGCAGCGUUAGGUCACUGUACCAAAUAGGCGAAGUUGGUCAAAAGGACAAUCUUUACGACGCCCUGUCGGCAGCCAUAACAUAGCUCUCUCGAGAACAAUUUGACGUUCGAGGAGACCUCGAUCUGCCGGUGUAACAACAAUGGUAGUGUUCAGUGCACAGGUGCUUCUGGCAGUAACAAGAUCAAGGGGAUCUUACCUGCUGUCUAAGAGGCACAGCUGCUGCCCUCUCCCCUCCACAGCCUACGUCCACCACAACCUGGACCCCCCCAGCCGCCUGUUGUUCUUACCCUCCCUCAGCCAUUCCAGGUCUGGCUACCCUCACUGUGUUCGGCUCCACGGUUUCAAGAACCACAGCACCACCCUGCUGGCCAGAUCUCUGCACAGUUCCUGUGUCUGGCUGCAGGACACCAAGGCCCCUGCCACCCCAGCCCAGGAUGACCACCCAGGGACCCCUAAGAAUGGCCCCCAUGCACCCCAACCUCCAGUCCCUGCUCCCCCUGCUGCUGCCACUGUUGUGGCUGCAGCUGCCCCUACGGUCCAGGUAGUAAGGAAAUCUAUUGGCCAGAGGAUAGUGGAUGAGCUGAAACACUACUACAAUGGCUUCAGGCUGCUGGGGAUUGAUACCAAGAUUGCAGGGAGGAUGGUGUGGAGACUGCUGCACGGACAACUGCUCUCACGCAGGGAGAGGAGACGGCUGAUGAGGACAUGUGCUGACCUGUUCCGCCUGCUGCCCUUCAUGGUCUUCAUCAUCGUUCCCUUCAUGGAGUUCCUGCUUCCUGUCUUCCUCAAGCUCUUCCCUGAGAUGCUGCCCUCCACUUUCGAGACCGAGACCAAGAAGGAAGAGAAGCAGAAGAAGGGUCUGGCUGCUAAGCUGGAGCUGGCUAAAUUCCUCCAGGAGACCAUAGCAGAAAUGGCCAAGAGGAACAAGACCAAGGCUCUGACAGAGGACGAGACGCAGCGCUUCUCCACCUACGUACAGAAGGUGCGUCACACAGGGGAGCAGCCCACCACUAAGGACAUCGUUAAGUUCUCCAAGCUGUUUGAAGACGAAUUAACGCUGGAGCAUCUAGAGCGCCCCCAGCUGGUGGCCCUGUGUAAGCUGCUGGAGCUCCAGCCCAUAGGAACCAAUAACCUGCUCCGCUUCCAGCUGAUGAUGCAGCUGAGAACCAUCAAAGCAGACGACGAGGUGAUCGCCACUGAGGGUGUGCCUGCUCUGAGUGUGUCAGAGCUGCAGGCAGCGUGUCGUAGCAGAGGGAUGAGGUCACUGGGUCUGACCACUGACCAGCUACGCCAGCAGAUGCAACAGUGGUUGGACCUGCACUUGAAGGAGAACGUCCCUCCCUCUCUGCUGCUGCUCUCCAGAGCUAUGUACUUGACUGACGUCAAACCCAUUAUACCCGUCAUACCCCCUGUACCCAAACUAGAGAAGGCCACUCCUCUAGCUGAGACCCCACAGGGAACAAUAGCCUCCUCCUCAGACUUACUAGUGGACCCAGCUCUGGUCAUCAAAGACAGGCUGGUGGAAGAGGUUAGAGACCAGGCCGCCAUCGUCUCAGACAAACCUCCCACCCCUGCCCAGAUUGUUCAGGCCAAAGAAGCAAAGGCGUCCCAGAAGAGCAAGAUAAGUGUCAACGGAGUGUGAGGAGGACUGAAAGGGCUUGACCGGACCCCACAACCCUGUGUCCUCAGGGUUGAGGGGGGCUAUCAAUCAAGCUUAUCUACACCAAGAGGGAUCAGUCAACCCAAUCACCCUUCUGCCCCCCUUAACACCUUCUCCUUAUCCCAAAGACCAGGGGGCGUGAGUCUGUAUCCCCCGUCCUCACUGUCUAGCCAAUGGGGGCUCGCUGUGUGAUGAAAAGGUCAUAAGAUCAUCACAUGAUAAUGUCAUUAGACCAGACAACGCUUGGCUAAAAUGCCACUUUGCUCAGGAUCAGACCUCUGGCUACACCUGGAGUGUGGGCUGCUGGCAGGGGUUUAAAAUGGGACACCCACCUCUGCUUUGUCUGAUUAGUCUCUGGUUCUUUUCGCCUGCAUCUAUUUGGUUUACAUGUUAUGCACUCCAUCCAUUUGGGUUUCACACUCCAUCUCAGCAGGACACUGUUACGUAAACUCUGAAAACUCCCUCAACUGGGAUUACCUUUCGUUUUGUUUUAGGGAUCACAUUUACCCAGUGAUGUAACAAAUAUUAUGUCCUUGAAGAGUAGACGCAUCCUCUCAAGAUGUAACGUUUGGCCCAGUGUUCUGGUUGGUUGGUUUUGGUGUAACAUUAGUCUGUUUCACUUCCGGUUGCAUUGAGACCUAGCCUGGUCUCAGAUUCAUUAGGCGCUGAAGCUGAAUCCUCUUGACUAGAAACACCGCAAAGGUGAAAGCAGGGGGUGGCUGCGGUGUGUUAGGGUCACCUGCUGGCUUUGAACCAUUCGUCAAGGUGUGUUUUCUCUUAGUUGGCCCGCUAAUCUCCAGAUCUGGAUCAGACUAACGUAGACCACCAACCCCCUCAUGUAUAUUUGUAAAUACCCUGUAAAUGGUUCUCCGUGUCUGGCAGAAAAGGUACACCUGCUCUGUACUUUGGCUAUGCCACGCCCUCAAGCUCUCCCAACUAAAGAGUUCUAUGAACUUUUACCCUCCAAUUAUUUUGUCUUGUUUGUUGAAUAUUUGAAUCUAAGACUGGGCAACUCUUUACAUUAACUUCAUACCAUGAAGUUACUCUCGAACUACUCUGGUAACCAGAAUGUAAUUGUUUAGCUCAAAAUGCUCUUUGCAAAUAAGGUAUAUAAACAAUGAUUGAUGUGUAGAGGAAAUUGGGUAAAUUGUCUAGCUAGUUACAAUGGUAGUUGCAUUUUAAUUACAACAGAAAAUGUAACAUGUGGUAUCUGUGUAAUUUAUUGUGAAGAUUGACACUAUGACUGAGUGGUCCAAUGUCAUUUAGCAGACACUCUUAUCCAGAGCGACUUACAGGAGCAAUUAGAGUAAAGUGCCUCUGUCGAUGUGCCCUAGUAAGCUCGGGGAAUCAAACGAGUGCCCUUAAUUGUAAGCUAGCGAGAGAGUUCACUCCUGAUACACAGGAGAGGCUGUAGGACCACCUAAAUCCUGAUAGUCAACACAACUGCCAGUCUGGGGACAAAUGGACUAUACAGUGUAUAUGUUGUGUUAAUGCUCUUCUACUACCCUUGAUUUACAAAUUUAAAAGCAAAUACUUGACUGACAGCUAUUGGAAAUGAUCCAUACCCACUGUUAACUCAACUAGAGAAGUGUGUAAAGAGUUUAUUUGAGUGAAACAGCAUGAAAAUGCAGGUUUUGUUAACUCUUAAAGGAUUACACAAAGUGUUACAUUUUAUUUUGAAAUGUGGUUCUCAAAGAACUUGAAAGAUGGCCGCUAUUGGAUGAUGAACUGCCUAGUACCUAUCCUGCUUACGUAUGUUAACACAAUUAUGUGAUCGAGAAGGUUCUUGGAAGGUUUACCACAUAAACAUAUAGUAUGUGUACUGUGUAUGUUUCAUAUUUCAGUGUGCGUGUAUGAGAGUUUGUGCGUUUGGUGUUGCCUUAGCCUUGAGGAAACCCUCUUUCAGGAUCAAGUUAGGGCAGGGUUUCCAAAACUUGGUCCUUGGGCCACCGCUGGGUGCAUGUUUUGGGUUUUUGCCCUACCACUACACCGCUGAUUCAAAUAACCAACUCAUCAAGCUUUGAUUAUUUGGACCGAGUUUGGGGAAACCCUGAGUUAGGGGAUUAACUUUAUGAACCCCUCCACUGAUUAGUCAGUGGCUGACCGUUCGCCCUUUCUGAAUGGAAUAGAAUGGACUUCAUAGUGCAUCUUCCUCUCCCAAUCACUGAUCUGUAGGUGAGUGUAUAAGCGAAACCAAGAUGUCCACCCUUCUGCUUUGAUCAAUCCAAUCCUCUCAGAUCUGUGAUUAAUUCAAGGGCAGAAGAGAGGACUAUGAGACCGGGGAUUCUCCUUUCCAUUAUUUUUCUACUUGGUUUAAGGAUUGUUAUGCAAAUGAAUGUACAGCCAAAUCUGUAAAAAGGUGCUUUGUUGGAUCUGCUCUCUGUGGAAUGUCUCCUCUGCCUGUUCCCCACUGACUACUGGAAGAGAUAUACACUGUCCCAAUUCCCCUGCCUUGUGCCUUCCUUUGGCUCCCUUCAUGUCGAUAGAUUGGUGAAAGGAAUUCAUAUUAUUGCUUAUACUGUUACCUUUUUUUUGUGGUUAUUUUGGAUCAGUGAUCAUGGAGGCAAGGAGAUUAGGAAGUUGGGGGAGAGAAUUAGGACACAUACUUCGAUUAAUUUAAACUCCUGUGUAGUAAUUGCCCUUUCACUCACAUGCCUAAUACCAAAUACUAGCUCCUACCCCUAAACCCUUGUUGGUACAAGCAGUAUAGUGGAAAGCAGAACCAUAUUGCUAAUGGCAUACCUUUCAGAUCAACAAGUGGUCUGUGUGGGCUUAGAGUUUGGUGUGGAGUUGAGUAACAUGAACUAUACUGAACAAAAAUAUAAACGCAAUAUGUAAAGUGUUGGUUUCAUGAGCUGAAAUAAAAUAUCCCAGAAAUGUUCCAUACGCUCAAAAAGCUUUUAAAAUUUGGUGUACAAUUUUGUUUACAUCCCUGUUAGUGAGCAUUUCUCCUUUGCCAAGAUAUGCCAAACCUGUCAGGUGGAUGGAUUAUCAAGAAACUGAUUAAACAGCAUGGUCAUUACACAGGUGCGCCUUAUGCUGGGGACAAAAGGCCACUCUAAAAUGUGCAGUUUUGUUAACAGAUGACUCAAGUUUUGAGGGAGUGUGCAAUGGGUAUGCUGACUGCAGGAAUCUCCACCAGAGUUGUUGCCAGAGAAUUUAAUGUUAAUUUCUCUACUAUAAGCCGCCUCUAUCAUUUUUGAGAAUUGGGCAGUACGUCCAACCGGCUUCACAACCGCAGACCAUGUGUAACCAUGCCAGCCCAAGACCUCCACAUCCGGCUUAUUCAUCUACAGGAUCAUCUGAAACCAGCCAACCGGAUAGCUGAAGAGAACUGAGGAGUAUUGCUGUCUGUAAUAAAGCCCUUUUGUGGGUGGGCCUGGGAGGGCAUAGUCAUGUGAAAUCCAUAGAUUAGGGCCUAAUCAAUUUAUUUCAAUUGACUGAUUUCCUUAUAUGAACUGUAACUCAGUAAAAUUGUUGAAAUUGUCGCAUGUUGCGUUUAUCAUUUUGUUCAUUAUAUAUUGCCUCG